AUGCCACGAAACCACCAUGCAAUCUUUAUCAAAACCAGCGACAAGGAGGAGGGAACCAUCUUCAACGUCACGGGAAAUGCAAUGAAUGGGUUUAAUCUCGAAAUAAGGGAGACCUUGCAAAGUCCCAGGCUGGAAGCGACUUUCGUGUCAUGGGCAGAGAUAGGAGUGGUCUUGAUCAACGAUUUCCCCAGCGUUAAGGAAAUCUGCGAGGCGAACCCUCCGCCUGGAAAGCAAUAUGACGGCCUCAAAAGGAUCGACCCUACGAAGCCUCUGCGACGUUGCCAAGAAUGGACUAAGGAAACAAUUGGACAUCUGCGAGAGCAAGGUGUUCUAAAACUCAGCAACUAG